CUGUCUCCCUCCUCCCUCUCCUCCGAAUCGCCAGGGCUCAUCCGUAAUUCGUAUAAAUAGCCCGUGGCAUAUCCGUCAUCGUCGGAGCUCGCCUCCGCCUUUUGCGCCCAAAUCCGUCAAGCUAGAGUUUCCCAAUUUUGGUAAAAAAGGGAAAUAUAUUUAUAAAGCCCUCGAUCCCAACGGCUCCGAGUUUUCAAACACCGAACCGUAUAGAGUUUCCUCAAGGUAGGCCUUUUCUCUGGAUCUUUUCGCCUUCGAGAUAACUGAAGUUUUCUUGAAUUGGUUGCUAAUUAGCUCCUGAAUCCGUCUUUUUUUUGGAUCCUUUUCGCUGAUGUUAGGGUUCUCUAAUGCUUUCUCUUUGAAUUCUUUCUUGUCGCUUGAUCAAAUUCGCGUGCUCUGUUCCUUUUUAAUUGGUUGUUCAUACUUCAAAGGGUUUGAUUUGAGUUGUUUUUUCGGUUUUUUUUUGGGACACUAGCUUCUAUUGCAAAACCAGCAGCGUGGUUCCUUCUAAAACCCUAGACUUUUAAACUGAUAAUCAUGAAAAAUCCAUGCCACUACACUUUUCUUUUGAUUUCUCGCUGCAGGAACUCAAUAAUUAGUUGAAGUAUCAACUUUGCAUUCUGUUUCAACUCGGGAUGAUCGAAUUCCUGGUCUCCAAAGGGAUAAAAUUUGAAAUUUUUAGAGUUCACAGAUUCGAAGCUGCUUUUAAAUCUCCGGUAAGAUAUGGCUUCGUCUCCAUGCAACUCCUACUCCGAACCUCCGAUAAUCGAGCAAGUGAUCACCGAAUUCUUUGCCAAGAGCCUUCAUAUCAUACUCGAGUCGAGGUCCCCUUACGCCUCCUCUCGUAAUCAUAGUGUGGACCAUUUCAUUUCGUCGCCUUCCUCCUCUUCCUCCUCAUCAAGCAGCCGACCAAGGGAUAAGUGGUUCAAUUUGGCUUUACGGGACUGCCCGGCGGCACUUGAGAAUUUUGACCUCUGGCGGAAGAGCAUUCUUGAGCCAUUGGUCAUUGAUGUGCUCUUGGUCCACCGGUCAUCGGCCUCCAAUGCGACCCGCCUGUCUCCUGGUGGGUGCCUACUGCGGAAUUUCUCAGGGAAGGAUAGGUUUCCAAUGAGCCCCAGGAUGGAGGAACUCGAAACUAAAAGCGACAAGACCAUAGAGAGAUGGGUUAUACAGUAUGAGAGUCGAAAGGAAAGCUGCUUUGGAAGGGAAGUGUACUCGGGUAGUAGGAAAAGCACCGCUGCGUCUUCUCACUCUUCUGAAAUCCCAACUCUGUACAAGAAAACAUACAAGAGAACGAUCGUAAUGCUCCGGUCCUUGUAUGUGUUUGUCAAGUUGUUACCUGCUUAUAAAAUUUUUCAGGAGCUCAAUUCUUCUGGCAGAAUCUGCCCGCUUAGCCUUUCCCACAGGAUCACUCCUUUCGUCGAGCCUUUCACUCGGGCAGAGGAUGCUGAAAUGAACCAAUUCAGUUUUGUGCCAAUUGACACCCCAUGUGGCAGGCUGAGUCUGACAGUCUCAUACCUCCCAGCAUUGGAAGACAAGAGUUCGGAGCCUUCCACACCCUUGUCUACACAGUUUAUAAUGGAUUAUGUUGGUGGUCCAACAACCGAUCCUCUUAAGAUGUUCCAGUCUGUCCGGUCAGCAGGACCACUGCCUCAUUUUGUCUCAAUUACUAGGCAACAUAGUUGGAGCAAUGACCAUGGAUUCAUGCGUUCAGGAUCUCCCUCUCCAUCACCAACAUACUCUGAUUCUCAAGCUAUGCAUUGUGAUCCAAAUGUACGUUUUCCUCCUCAUCACCUGCAUGAUCAGUCUCCUUCUGCAAGCUCAGUACUGCACAAUGCUUCAGUAGCUCAUAAGAAAAAUACAAGUUGUGAAGAUUACUUGUCAUCUUCUCCAUUUUCGCCUAUGUCUUCCCCUUCUGCACCAACCCCAAAUGCUUUCUUACGCUCUGAGAGUGCUCCGGUCAACAUUCCUUCACCUAGGCGUGGAAGAAAUAGUGGCUUACUUAACCAGGCCCUGCCUCCAUCUUCUCCUAAGCCUCAAAGACCUGGGUGUUCUCCUCGCACUGAUACUCUCAGAGCUCAAAUUACCACUCCCUCUGCAUCUCAGACUUGUUCCCCUGAAGGUAAGCUACGAACCAAGAAGGAACCAUUAAGGUCGGGGGACUUUGAGACUGUCAUAUCUCUGGCAAAGUUACAGGCAUUAUCUUUUGGGAAAGAUGAAGUUGGAAGUUUACCUGGACUAAAGUGCAGUUCGCCGCACAUCCCAUUUUCGACAAGUUCUAGUAGGUUGUCUCUCCUGGACGAGUUUGAUGAUUCAGAAUUUGCUUGUCCAUUUGCUGAUGAUGAAGAUAUAACAGAGUCAUGCAACAGGGUGAAACUUUCUGAAGGCAAAGAUCAAAUCAACGAGAAUUCGGAAUCCAGAGGCCUGGUACCAGUCCAAAGGUCUCCAGAUGCUGCCGUAGGUGCGCUUGUGCAAAUGCUUAAGACUGCCCCACCUUUGCGGCAAGAUCUUUCCAAGUCGGUCAGGUCUUCCCAAGUCUUCAGAGGGGACUUUUGGAACCCGAGGCUCCAGCAUAACGAAUGCAUGGAAGCUGAGGUGGAAAGAUCUGAAAGCCCUGCUUCAAAUUCAGGAAUUACAGCUUCAGGGCUAUUCAAGCCAAGGACUACAGCAGAUGCACUAGAAGAGCUGAGGAUUUACAAGGAGAUGAAAGAAUGGUUACUUAAAAAAGGUGGAUCUAAAUCAUUGGGUGACAGCCAUAAGGACAAACCUGCAUGUGGAGGCGGAGGAUUGGAAGAGAAAAGUUAGCACGGAAUCCACAAAGUCAGAAGGAAACUGGUUUGGUUAGGAGGCAAAAUGGGCACCUCGUGGGUCCGGAGUGGAUUCCACAGACCCUUUAAAUGUUGGUGCACAUGAAGUUAGAGCCUGUUUGACAGUGACAAUUGUAUUCCACCUUCGGUCUUCUUGGUGUGUACCUAUCUUCCACUGUAUAUAGUGGCAAAGCGCUUCA